AUGGAUUUUUUGGAUUCCAUAGAUGUAGAUUCAAUGAAGAGUGUAGAAGAGCGGGCUCACAGAAAGGCUCGCCGGGUGAGGUCGUGGUAUCUUUACGAGCAGUUCAAAGCACUAGAAAAAAAUCAAAUAGAAGCGACGCAGAACUUAAAAGAUAGACUACACCAGGGAUCACUACACCAGGAGUUGCUUGAUAGACGCGAGCGGAGGCGGCUCGUAGACGAGUUGUCGACGAGCGACUCCGGCAUCGACCGUUUCUCCAGCGAUAUACGCAUUGACGUUGACGAUUCCUUCCGAAGUAUUAGCGAUUUCCACAAUGUCCCAUUGCACGACAUUAAUCAAAUCGGGGAUACAUACGCUACGAGCCUAGAGGAAUCACAUGAUUUUCCCAACCAAACCAAGGAGAACAUCAGAAGAAUCGUUGACACAACUUACGACGACUGCAACUAUAAACACAAUGCUACGGACGACGUGGAAGCAAAGUCCAUUGCCAAUUUUACUAAAACACUCAGCCCGUGUGAAACUCAAAAUUUUGUCGAUGCAACUGACGACACCAAUUUGGCAGAUGACAUUAAAGAAAGUUUGGAAUGUGCGAGAAAGAUUAUCGCUGAAAACAUAAACCUGCAACUGGAGACGGUGAAAGACAACUUACAGUGUCUGGAGGAGUUCACAAAGUUGCAUGAGGAUGACACAUUGGUGAAAUUUGACAAAGAUUUAGUCGAAGACGGAAGCGUCACGUCAUUCUUGAACAACUUUGUGGAAGAAAAAUUUGACAUAGGUUACAAAGAUGCAAGCGUUACGACAUCGUUAAAGGACUCUGUGGAGAAAUAUGAUGUAGAAAACAAAAAUAAAAGCGUCACAAUACUUUUACAGGAUUCUGCGACGGAAUUCGACGUAAAAUGCAAAGACGCAAGCGUCACAAUACUCUUGCAGGAUCCUUUACAGAGGUUCAACUUAGAUUACAAAGACGCCAGCGUCACAACCCUUUUACAGGGCUCAGCGGAGAGACAUGAAUAUCUGAUGAAUCUGUACAGUAUGUGGUCUAAAUUUGUUUCGUUUGCGUACCAACUCGUAAAAAUAAAUAAUGGAAACUGUUAUUACGAGUACAGUUCUCAGGUCCUGACGGCAAUAUUGGCCUGUGAUGUCCUUUGCAGAGGUUUGCGCAGAAUGUGUCAUAUUUUGCAGCCCUACGUUUCACCAAUAGAGUAUAUUUCUGAAGACUACGAUGAACCGCAGCCUCGGCUUAAGCGUGAUACAGUCGAUAUUAAACAUCGAAAGAUGUCAGCUAUACCUACAAAAGUAAAAAAUAUUAGAAAAAAGGAGUCCAAGAAAUCACGUCGUAGCGUAUGGAAAAAUAUGUCCAAUACGCCUAUAAUAUUUCACAUUUGCGAAGAUACUCGCAUGGAAUGUUGCCGAUGCAACUCGAACUCUCAUUCAUUCACGCGUACAACAUCAAGCGAAUGCCGGCCCAAUUUUAGCAUAGACUUUCGGCGGCCAACAAUAUGCGAGUGCCGACGCGAUUCCAACAAUGAUAUUCAGCGUGCAAAAUCAAACGAGUGCCGACUCAAUUCGACUUAUGGUACUCGGUGUCCAACAUCAAGUGAGUUCAACCACAUUUCCAACAGUGACACUUGGCGUCCAACAUCAAGCGAGCCCUGGCAAAGUCUCCUCACAACAUUUCCAAAAGAAUUUUCUACACAUAAAUCCACAAGUACACUUUGGCCUGAAGAACUGCGGUUCAGUUUUUCCGAAGAUGACGCAUUAAUUGGUAGAAAAGUGGCAAAUCCUAUGUUAAAACUUGCCAAUUACAUGGAUACAUUACUUAAAAAUGUUGACGAUAAUUUAUGAAUUUUUGUUUUUUAUUGUUUAUUAUAUUUUG